CUGCCAGCCAACUCCGACAAAAGCUUUCGGAGCAUCCGCGCAUUUUGGAAAACCCAACCCACCCCUUUCGUUUUUCUUUCGUUCGCUCCGUUUGCAGCCACCCCAUAUCAAAACAUAAACAAAAGCACGUGACACGCCGGCAGAGCUAAGGGGGUGUUGCUAUGGUUACACUACUGACGGUAGCCAAGUGUAUCCGUAAUAAACAUCCUACAUCGGAAGUGGUGAUCAAAAGUGAAUUUUGUGGAAUUAAUCAGUGAAAAUGACCGAAAACGAGCUGAAAACUGAGAUGGAAACAUUCUGCGCCAACGUGCAGAACCCGGAGCGUAUGGUGCGCCAGCGAGCGAUAAAGGAUUUACUGGACUUUGUUUACCGAAAGCUGCCUAGGGAAGAAGCUCCGGCAGUUUUCGAUGCCACUUACCUGCACAUCCUUCGCUGCUAUGCGGAUCGGUUUGAAAUAAUCCGAAAUCUGGCCAUAACUGUGGUUGGGGAACUGUUGGAAAAACUACCGGCUAAUGAAUUCUAUCUGGGCUACAUUGUCCCCGUGAUAGCACGUCGAAUUGGCCAGGCGGAAAUAGUAGAGGAAAGUGAGGAAAUUCGAUUGCAACUGUUGGAACAGCUAGAAGCAAUCGUCCGGAAGUAUGCCGAUCCGGAUGGAAGUUCUGGUGAUCCGUUACUAAAAUCCUACGACAAUUUGAUCGAUAUUCUGGUGAAAACACUGAAAGAUCCCUUUCCGGCCGCACAAAAGCAGAGUUGUGAGCUGGUGAAGCUACUGGCCGAAUCCACGCCUAGUAUGCAUUAUCGGGCAGAAGCGUUGGUAACCCCAGCAUCCGGAGUGCUAAAACACCGUCAUUCGGCCAAUAGGAUUGCAGCCGUUGAAGCGUUGGGUGUCCUGGCGUUGAACAUUCACGCAAACUCGGAGAAGAUCGUGCAGAUCAUCGUGGACAUAUCGCCGCUGUUGAUGGAUGGUGUUCCGUACGUUAGGAGAGCUUGUGGCCGCGUGGGAUGUUUGAUGCUGCUCAAGCUGCGGGACCGGUACUCGUUCUUUUAUCGGAUACUGCCGCUGGUUUUGAACUGCUUAACCGAUGACACAGCGGAAGUUCGCGAUGAUAUUCUUGUUCGUUGGCAGGAAGCCGGUGAACUAUAUUACAAGGAAAAUGAGACUGAAUUGGCAAAAGCGAAGCUGAUCGACAAAGUCCCUGCCAACUACCCAACCGAGUAUGAUCGCCCUACACUACCUUGCCGAGCGAUUGUCCAACGUAGUCUGAGAAUCGUCAAUCUUGUACUACAUGAAAUGGAGGAAUGGAAAGAGGACAUAAGGCUGCAUGCCACGAAACUGUUGAAAAUAGUGGUUUUGCACGCCGAAAAGACAUUUUCCACUUUGUUCAUGGAAGUAAAUCCCGUGCUUUGUAAAACAUGCAUGGAUUCGGACAAAGAUGUUGCUGCUGAAGCAUUGAAAGUGGCUCAACUCUGCGGAAUAUUGUUAGACUACGAAACGUGGAGCAAACACGCACUAACAGAGUUCUCAAAAUUCUAUACCCUUGGUCACUUGAAGUGCCUUAACGCAAUGUAUCAGUCCUCUGGAGUGGAGAGAUUCAAGGAUAUAACAAAAAUUGUCAGCCUUUUAACAGACACCGAGGUUUGCCAUCAGCUAAAAGAAAGCUAUCAACAAGAGUUAUUGAGUUUUUCGGAAGCACUAGUCUGCGAUUUCCAUCGCGUGUUCACCGCUAAUGAAAUCGAAGGACUCGCCAACGAAUCGGACCGUGUAAGCACAGAAAAAAUGCUCUACACUGUUAUUCUAAAGUCGGCAGCCUUUGCCUACGAAGAUUCCCAAGCCAUCCGAGACCGGGCAUUGCAAGUGCUGGCCAAGCUCAACCCAGACACGGAACAGCUACACGAACAUCAUCUGGCAGACGUCAUCAAUUCACUGGAGAAUCUUGAAUCAUCCAACUCCGAUGCAGCGGAAAGCAUUCUACUGUUGGCAGGGAUAGUGUUCGUUUGCGGUUUCCGCCGGCCGUACGAUGAUGCGCUUCGCAAAGCACUGGGAACGGCCCUCGAGCACGCGAUUCCACAGGGGAAAAUCAAACUUUUCAGUUCGAUAUCUAUCGCAAUGUUACGGUGGAAUGAAACUAUGUGUGGCUCUCCAGAAGAACAAACGCCAUUGUUGCAGGAAUUCAUGACAGACCUCAUCUCGCCUUACUUGAUUUGGGCCGCUGGUCGGAGUGCAGAAUCGGUACGCGCAAUGGCAACAGCUUGCUUCUGUGCUAUGUCGCAAGGAGUGGAAAACGAAAUUUUUAUUACAUUGCUACCCAGGGAACUGAAAACGCUUGCUGGCCUGAUUGAAGAUAACAGCAUUGCAACACGUGCCUACGCUUUGAGAACGCUACUGGCGAUGGGUGCACUUGAUUUCGAAAAUCUGAAGCUAAUUGCGUACGCCGUCGUUUCCCGUUUGGAUGAUCCAAGCAGCGAGGUGCGUGAGAUGGCAGCCAGAUGUUUGGGCCGUUUGCAGCUAUCGGCUGGUAACAGCGAUGACGACGAUUCAUCAGCACGUGCCCGCUGGGAGGAUACGCUUAAACCGAUUAUCUCCACCAUGUUCCUACAUUUGGAAAACCCCGAAUUGAAACUGCGAGCUGCAAUUCUAGAAUCCCUCGGUCGAUUGGUCGUCCAUCAUCACUCGCUAAUCAAAGGCCUUGCUAAUGAAGUUGCAGAGGGAUGUCCGUACAAGAAGGAUCUGGAUAAUAUCCUCGUUCAUCAGUAAAUACCGGCGCUGCCGUUUCGGAAUCGGCAGCGAUGGUCUCUUUACCCACCGUCCACCACCAAACUAUCCACAGAAACUGAGCAAAAAACAACUACAAAGCGCGCCAACCUACCAGCUCCAAGGGCGGCCCCAUCAGGAUAAUUGAUUCAAAUCGUAUUUCAUCGACUGAAUCUUUAUCAUCGCCAUCACACCAUGAACAGCGACGACGAAAACCAGCUCAGGAGGGAAUUGUGUAACGGCAUUCGGUUGUACAUCCUUUCUUUUUCCUGCUCGAAUCCCACUAUCGUGUUUCUGUGUAUGUCUGGCCAAAGGGAGAUGCUUCACAAUCAUCAAUCGAUUCGAAGCAACCGAAAAACUGGGGAGAUCAAUUGAACGUCUGCUGAACGGAAAAUUGGUCCGCUCUGUUCUGAGAUUUGCGAUUCAUUUUUUGUUCUGUUCAUUUGCUGCUCAUCAAAUCGAGCAUGGCCAGCGUUGCACUUUGUUUCUAUACUUCUGAGGCGGUUGGUUCCGUGCGCUCGUAAUUGCAAUUAUGAAUUUUCUUUCCUUUAUCCUUCACCGUCACUUCCUACCAUUUUCUUUCUUUCAGUGUAAUGCAUGAAUAAACUCAAUUUUAUUAUCGGUACGUCUUCAAUUUAUCCAUCUGGUAGAGUUUUUCCUUAUCAGCCAAUCAAAUCUUUCGUAUUUCCACAAUGUUUAAUCAGUGUUUUCCAAAUAAAGAGCACAUGAUGAUUGAGAAUAAUUGUAAAAAAACACCCUGAAUAAGUUAAUUAUAUAACUCGUAUUAAUUUCAGACUAUGUAAUAAAAUUUAACGAAUAAUAAAGCAUUUAUAACUUUAUCGAGAAA